AAGCUACCUGACCAUACGUCAUUGUUAGAAAGUGCGAAAGCUCAUGAAGUGUUUAAUGCCAUAAUUGAAGGUGAAGCUCAGGUGUGGAAAUCGCUUUGCCACUUUCAUUUCACUCAAGAACAGAUUGCUAGUCACUGGAAUAACAAUAAACAUUCUUGGCGACAUACUUUCUUCGAACUUAAAAAAUAUUAUGGUUUACGAGAAUUUUAUGCUGAUCUCAUACAUUUAUGUUGCCACUGUAAAGCACUUUUUUGGAAGGAUCAUGGUCAUCCUUGUGUUUCUAAUGAUGCACCUUCAGUUCGAGUUACACCUCACCAGUUCAUUGAUAUGCUUCUUUUCAUGUAA